AUGGUUCGACUUUCGCCACCGGAGCGAGUAUCAGACAUCCUCGAGCCAAACACCGGCAGAAGCACCUCUUCACCCAUACUAACAUGGCCGAGGAGCCCUGAUAGCACGGGCAGAUCUGGCAUAAGUGCCGGUGGUGCGUUGAACGAUGAACAAAAUCAAGCCAUUCUGCUGGCCUCGCUGAUAUGCGCUUGCAUCAGUUUGGUCGUGGUCUUGGUAACCUUACGAUGGUUCCUCAUCAUGCGAAGGAGCUUCCGGCAUCGUCUGGUUCUAUACCUCAUCAUCAGCGACACGUUCAAGGCUGUUUGGUACUUCAUCUUUCCAACCGUGGUGUUCGUCAAGGGACCGGUCAACAGCGGUUCGAAUUUCUGCCAGGUCAGCGGAUUCAUGCUUGUGCUUGCCAUCGAGUCUUCCGACAUGGCCAUCCUCAUCAUUGCCCUGCAUUCUAUUCUCUACAUUCUCAACCCUGGUAGCACUUUGGGGGAAGGAGGACUCUAUCGAUACCGCCGUUGGACCUACAUCAUGUGGCUUGGCCCGGCACUGCUGGCAGCAUCAUUGGCCUUCCUUCACGAUAAGGACCCAUAUAUUACAGCUGGCACAUUUUGCUACCUCCCCAAACGGCCAAUUGGGUAUCGACUCGCCCUAUCAUGGGUUCCCAGAUAUCUCAUCAUAGGUGUAAUUCUGAUCAUGUAUAUCUGGAUUUACAUCUACGUCCACAUCAAAUUCCGGGGGUUCGAUAACCUCGGCGCGACGAAUUCAUCACACUACAACUCCGGAUUGAGAAACCGAUCUGAUCUUUCGACCAGGUGUACCGAUCCCGAGAGAAGGGCCAUUGACCAGUCACCGGCUCUACCCUCCCAAGCCUUCAUGUUGCAGACCCAGAAUCCGUUCCUCGGAGGCGCUGUGGCACCCGAAGAACGUCAGCCUUGGGAUGACGUGAAAUUUAUUACCUCGAAGCCGCUCCAGAGCAUCCCUACUGAAGCUCCUCGAGAAAUCGAAGGGAGGAGUAUGUUAGCGCGGGGAAGCGAGUGGUCUGGUGAGACCCAGAUUCCUCCGGAUCAUACCCUUGGACCGCUGUCCUCGAUUCCUGAGCUGCAGGACAACUCAGCGCUGCCGCGAUCUCUGUCCGCUACGAAGGAUCAAAUCAUGGGAACGUCCGUUGUCUGCCCAGUGACCCCGUCGACAACAUCCACUGGGCUCAAUGACCCUCUCAAAAGAACCAGAUUGGCGAUACGCAAGCAGCUGCGUUAUUUGUUCAUCUAUCCUCUUGUCUACAUUCUUAUGUGGAGUUUUCCGUUCGCGUCUCACGCUCUGAACUACAAUAACUACUACGUCGCUCAUCCUAUCUUCUGGCUAUCUCUAGUGCAAACAGUUAUGCUGAGUCUCCAGGCCGGCGUUGACAGCGUCCUCUUCUCGUGGACAGAAAAGCCGUGGAGGCGAAUUGACCCGAAUUCAAAAUUCUCCAUGCCUUUCCUGCGACGGCGAAGCAAGGAAUUGCUGCAACGUCGUGGCAGAGGACACCAGGCUCCGCCUUCUGCAGACGAAGGAACGAUGCGACAGCCUUCAGCAGGACAGCACCAGCAUUGGUGGGAAGCCGAGGGCCGUCGGCGCAACGAUAGCGUCUGGCUUGGGACAAAUCGACUAUCUGACUUUUUCUCACCCAUCACCACUCGAGCGCGGUCAAGGAGCCCAGAUAAGACCAGAAGGAGUAUGCACUCACGGACGCGAAGUUCCGAGCAGGGAACUACGUUUGUUCCCAGGCUGCAGACGAUGUUUCCAGCAAAACUUCGCAUUCCGACAAGACAAACGUUGUCCCCCGUGGCAAUGGAAGGGUUACUGGAAGUGCUGGAGUUGACUUACAAGGCAGAGCAGCGUCUCAACGAGCAGGAGAGUCCGACAAGUCCGACUAGUCCGACUCAAGCCUGA